AUGGAGGUAUUUAAUAAGUUUUAUUCUUCUGUCAGUAACACUGUAUCCCAAUUAUCCGGUGUGUUGCCUGGGAAUCCAGUAACAAGAGAGUUUGAAGCGACACAAUUUAUUGCUAGUGCAGGUCCAGGUCUCCUUUGGAAAGUCUAUAAAGGUUACAAAAAAUCAACAAAACAAGAGGCUUCGAUAUUUGUUUUUGAAAAGAAACAUCUCGAACGAUGGACAAAAGCUGACAGAGAUGUUAUGAUCGACAUUUUAAGGCGUGGUAUUGUGCAGCUUACAAAGCUUCGCCACCCGCAAAUACUUACAGUGCAGCAUAGCUUGGAAGAGAGCAGAGAAAGUCUUGCUUUUGCUACAGAACCUGUGUUUGCGAGCUUGGCGAAUAUUUUAGGAAAUACUGAGAACAUGUCACAACCUAUUCCAAACAAUUUAGUCAAUUACAAAUUGUAUGAAGUUGAAAUUAAGUAUGGUUUAAUGCAAAUUGCUGAGGGUCUUGCAUUUCUACACAAUGACGUUAAACUCCUUCAUCACAAUAUUUGUCCAGAAUCAAUCGUAGUAAACCAGCAAGGUGCUUGGAAGAUAUUUGGUUUUGAUUUUUGCAUUGCAAAUCAGAGUUCCCCAGGUGCUGCCCCGUUUUGGCCAUUUACAGAGUACUGUCAGGCUGUGCAUCCAUUGACUCAGCCUGCAUUGGACUACCUUGCACCAGAGUAUAUUUUGUCAGCCACCCAUUCACCGGCAAGUGAUAUUUACUCUCUUGGCAUGAUGAUCUAUGCUCUGCACAGCACAGGUCAUCAAACAUUGAGUAAUGUAGGAAAUGAUUACACAAAAUUUAAAAGAUUUGUCAAUGAAAUCAGGAAUCUGUCCCAAUCUCGUUUGCUUUGUGUAACUGAAGGCUUAAGGGAAUAUGUGAAGCUCAUGUUAAACACAACUCCUGAGCUGCGGCCAGACCCACAUCAGUUCCUCAAGAUUCCUUAUUUUGAAGAUGUUGGUGUCAAGACUUUAAACUAUUUGGAUUCAUUAUUCCAAUGGGACAAUUUACAAAAGUCGCAAUUUUAUAAAGGCCUGCCACAAGUGAUACAAAAAAUGCCACACCGUAUUUGUAUAUAUCGAAUUUUACCAUGUCUCGCCAAGGAGUUUGUAAACCCACCUAUGGUGCCAUUUGUACUUCCAAAUGUGCUACUAAUUGCGGAAAACUCAACUAAAGAAGAGUAUGUUAAAUACAUUCUUCCAGUAUUAAAACCAGUGAUGCUGAUUCAAGAUCCAAUACAAAUACUCCUAAUAUUUAUGCAGAAGAUGGAGCUUCUGCUGAAGUUGACUCCAGGGGAAGAAGUGAAGACUGACAUAUUGCCAAUGUUGUACCGAGCUCUGGAAUCUGAUGCUCAACAGAUUCAGGAACUUUGCCUGUCAGUGUUGCCAACAUUUGCAUCCCUUAUAGAUUAUCCAGCUAUGAAGAAUGCUUUAUUGCCCCGUAUUAAAAAGCUGUGCUUGGGUACAAACUAUAUUUCUGUGCGCGUUAAUUGUUUGCUUUGUUUGGGUAAACUGUUAGAACAUUUAGACAAAUGGUUGGUGUUGGAUGAGAUUAUACCUUUCUUACCUCAAAUACCAUCAAGAGAGCCUGCUGUUUUAAUGGGAAUUUUAGGCAUAUACAAACUAGCUCUUAGCCACAAUAAGCUUGGUAUAACAAAAGAAGUGAUGGCCACAAAAGUACUGCCAUUCCUGAUCCCGCUUUGUGUGGAGAAUGGGCUAACUUUGAACCAGUUCAAUGCAUUAAUAACACUUGUAAAGCAGAUGAUCUCUAAAGUAGAGUCUGAGCAUAGAGCCAAGUUGGAACAACUUAAUUCUAUACAGAAUGAGUCUAAAGUAAUGGAGCAAGCAUUAACAUCUACAUCGGACAGCUUAGUUCCUGCACCGACUCCACAGACAGACAUUGACAAGAUGUUCUCAGGCUUGGGUUUGGAUCCUUUUGCUUUCAGUAACAGUAAACAACUGGAAAAACCACAGCCUACUAGCAUACCUAGUGUUGGAGUUACUACAGGCUCUUUAAGCAUUGAAGAAAAACAAAGGUUAGCGACUCAACAAGAUACCGCCCGAAAAUUCUCUCGUCAACCGCCACCAACAGCUAUACCAGCCCCUCAAACGAAACUCCCAAAACCAGUAGAUCUAACGAGCUCAUUACUGGAAACCAAUCUUAAUCAAUUAACACAUAAACCGUUUUCAACAAUUCCAAACCCCCAACCCUCAAUUACUCAUAACACCUUAGCUAUGAACCAACCAAGUCCUAACUACAGUUCAAACUUGAUGCUGAAUUCCACAUCGUUGAACUUCGGAUAUAGCCAUAAUCCUACAGGAUUUAAUAGCCAGCCGGCCUUCCCAGCUAAUACGGGAUGGGCGGCGCCGACAAAUGCGAACUUUAAUAAUAAAUGGGCUAACGACCAGAACAACCAGACCAGCAUGAAGCAAGACUGGUCUGCUUUUGAAUCUCUCCUUCCAACUCAAAAUAAUAACAAUAGUAAUAGUGUUAAAAAGGAAGACACCAGUGAAAUGAUGGACUUGCUAAGUUAG